CGGGAGAGCACUAGUACCACUUCUACCACCACGCUGCCGCUGGUCGGCUUGCUGAGGCAGAAGAGGAAGAAAUGGCACUUCCGUCAUCGCUUUCUCGUCGGCCUUAGAAGGUAUACGAAGGCAGAAGAGAAGAAGAUACAGAGCAUGGUCGAACGCGACAGCUUGAGUAGGUCCUCAGCGGUGCAAAAGUUGCGCGCAGCAGGAUGGAAUAUUACCAGCAGUGCAACUUCUGGGGAUGGAGUGUCACCAACCGAUUCCAGAAGCUCUGCGAAAACGGCAGUCGAUCAAGUGUUGGCUUCUUCAAGUGACUCAUCCCCUCCUUUCGCUGGUGCUACGGCGACUCUGGUCAAUCACACAGCAGAGCCACAUCAAGGUGGAGUUCUUCUUGGGAAACAACACGCAUCGUCCAGCUUUCUGGAAGCAUCAUCAUCAGGAGGAGACCAAGUAGCUCUGCUAGACACGGCACAAAGCGGCCACCAACAUUCUAGAGCACACCUCCAAAGCACAAUGCCGAAAAUCACUGAUGCAUCACUCGCCGACAUCAGGCACGCAGAGCAUGCUGACCUCCCGUUUAUUGAUUUUUUUGGCGAGGACGACGAAGACGACAGCCUUCUGCUUCGGAACAAAGAAGACGCAAUCGCAGACGUUCUUUUCUUCAACCCGGAGGAGGAGGAGGAAGAAGAGGAAGAAGAGAACGAGGAAGACCCCGAGAAAGACGCAGAUGGUGGCGGCAAUGCGGAAGAUCAAAAGCGGGCUAAUGACGAGAGGUUCGCCACGACAGGAGAUACAAAGUCCGACGAGGAUAAGGAAAAGCCCAAGGCGGUUGCAGAGGAACUGAUUGAUGAAGUUCAGGCAGGUGAAGCAGAGGUACAACGCGAAGAGGUAGCCAGUAAAAAUGACGGGAAGGAACAGAGUUCGGGUUCAGAAUCUGAGAGCUCUUACAUGACUGCACAGAGCAAAAAUGGCACUGCAAACAAUCGCCUCCAAGCAGACAACGCCUCUGCCAGUGCUGCUGCGGACGAUGUGAGUGCUUUAGGUGAGCCUCUUCCGGACUCAUCUUUUGUCGAUGAGCUUGCGUCUGCUAGCAGAGCGGAUGCUGAUAGGUCGUCGUCCACCUUAACCAUCACAUCGACCAUGCUCCCCUUGGCAGUGGCAGCGGCGCGUUCUCCCUUCUCGCAGACAGAAGAUGCGGGCCAGUCUGAAACUGAGGACUUUGACGACGUUCCAAUUAUCCGGCGGCGGUCGCGCUGCAAUUCAGGACGCUCCUCAGUGUUUUCUGAUGGAGCAUGCUUCACUCCAACACCGAGGACGCCGGCGUCCACGUACGCAUUUGGAGGGCUUACAACAACUGGUACGUCCACGCCUUCGCCCAGUAGCAUUGGCUCUUCCAUCAUCUCGUUUCGUAAGCCAACGCUUGAAGAGCCAAGAAAGGGAGUGUCGGCUGCGUCUACUCCUCAUCGUCGGCUUCGUCGUGUUUCCAGCGAAGACGCGUGCCACGAUACAAAGGUUGACCACGAGGCCUCAUCUCGUGAUCCAUCUAUCGCUGAAGAAAGCACCGGUCCAGAGCAGGAUGGCGACCAGCGAAGAAGCUUCUCGUCUUCAUCAACGGAUACUACAACGCCUACUAGCAGUUGCAGCACCCCACCGCCUGAGUCGUACACCGAGAUUCUACCGCUGCCGCAGGACGACAAAAGUACUCGGGUUAGCAACGGCGAGCACAAGAAAGGAAAUAGUGCGAUGAACUCUCCAGGAACUGGCCCUAAUGCGCAUAUCUACAGCAACACGUCCUUCGUAAUUGAUUACGAGGAUGUGCUGGCAGCUUUUGAAGACUUCCCGACAUCCGGAGUCGGGCAGGAAAUAACCGGCUCCACUAAAGCUUCUUUGGCCAAAAGCCAGCAAGGGGAACCGGACGCGGCGUCGUCAUUAGUCGCGAAAGUUGUCGAGGCAGACUUGGUAAAACUUCCAACAUCUUCCGCCGCGCCUGGUCAAAUAAAGGAAGAGGCUGUUCUAGCCUUGGAAACAGAGACGAACAAAUCCGGAGUCAAAAACUGCACUGUUAUCGACUUGUUGGAUGUAUGUGAUGAUGACUCGUCGUCGUCCUCGGAUUCAUCAUCCUCAUCGUCAGACACUUCGGAAGAUGCCUCUGCUAGUACUUCAAGUCGAGCUCCUGGGAGUGUCAUCGCACCAAACAAGACGAAUAUGGAGCACGAAGGUCAACUUAAAAAUGAAUCUAAUGCUGCGACCGUGAAGAAGAAUGAAGAAACUGGUAGCGUCGAUGAGAGUAAUGUUGCAAAGGCGCUUACUACCCUACGAGAAGGAGUUGUGAAAGCAGAGCAAAACCGUGCUCCUUCCUCUCUGAUCUCAACAGGCCAAGGAACAGCCCUGGCUGUCGAAGAAAAGCCGCUUGCUAAUUCCUCGACAAAGUUCCAACGCCGUGCGAACGCAAAAGAAGAGUUCCUACGAUAUAUCAUCGAAGCAAAGAGAUGGAUUGACCUUGCUGCUUUUACAUUGACAGACUACGACGUUGUUGAUGCUCUCAUUCGUGCUGUUAAGCGAGGCGUUCAUGUCCGCGUCAUGUUGGACGACUGGCAGGUAUCAUGA